AUGGAACUGGAGAAAACAAUAAAAAACGGAAAAGCUGAGACAAAGAUUACAGGACCUUUGUUUCCUAGACUUCAUGUGGAUGAUACCAAGAAAGCAGGGCCAAGGGCACCUCCUAGAAACAAAAUGGCUCUUUAUCAUGAACAACUAUCAAUUCUUCCCCAAAGGUUUAGCAAUACAACGACAUCUAUAUUACCACCUCCACCUGUACAUGGUUGCAUCCUCACAAAUAUGUCGUCUUCAAACCAAGUUGUUAGCACAGAAAGAAGCCUAGUUUCCCCUUACAAAAACUCUCCUGCAUCAGCUCAUUCAAAUGGAAAACAAACUCCGCGUUCUUAUGAAGGAUUGAUUUCAGAUAACACAAGUAUGAAUUUCACUAAGAAAUCGAUCCAGACGAACGUUGCAGAAAAAUCAUUAGCAAAAUUCACAUGUAAAUCUUUUGAGCCAUUUAGCCUUUCACAUCCGAAAAGGCCUAUAAUAAACAAAGAUGAAGCAGAACUCAGAGUUCCAAUGUUUAUGCAUCCGCAUUUGAUUUUGGAUUCUAGUAAUAACCACUCUGGUUCAACUAAAGACAAAUUAUUGGUUGGUGCAAGUUGCCCUCUAGAAUUACAAACAACAACUAGUGCAAAGGAAGUAAAAACAGUCAUGUCUACUGAUCUAGAAUCAGAGCUCAAUGUCAGAGGUUUCAACAGCGAUAAACUAGAGGCGCAUGAAGCAGUUCAAGUACAUGAUAAAAAGCUAAUUAGUAUUCCUGAAGGUAGUCAAGAACAUGACAGAAACUUGACUAGAGAUGAACAGUCUGAAUCAUCGGAUAUUAUGGUAAAUGAGACCGACAUCAGCAGAGUGCGACGCCAUAUGGUUAUGUCGAGGCAAGUAAAGAAAGUAAGCGAAGGUGUUAAUCACACGAGAGAUGUUCAUCAAAGAACUCUUGAUGAUGGAAAUCACCUUGAAGAGAGUCGAUUUUGUACGAGUCUGGUUAAUCUUGAAGAUAGGAAUGAAGAUCGCUCACACACCCCUGUAAAGGAUUGUGCAUCGGGUGCUGUCAUAUCAUCGGAUGCUGUUGUUGAGAUGAUUGGUCAGAAAUAUUUUUGGCAAGCAAGGAAAACAAUCAUUCUUCAGCAACGAGUUUUCUCCCGGCAAGUCUUCGAGUUACAUAGGAUUAUAAAGGUCCAAAAAAUGCUUGUUGAUUCUCGAAACAUACAACAAACAACAGAGCACUUUCCCUGGGGAAAUGCCUUUCUUGAGCCUACUUCCAUGAAAGAACUAUUAUCAAUAUCGAUUCCAGAAGCUCCAUUAUGGAAUGGUAGAUCAAGAAAUGAACUCCGGAAGAUCAAACUAUCCGUAGAUAAUCCAAUCGAAAACCCACCUCUUCUUCCCCUUAGCUUUGAUACAACAAGCACAGCUACAAAUCUAGCACAUAACAUUAAUAAACCAGCAAAUAGUAAUUUACCAAUGUGGUGUCUUCCAUCACCAGGAAACCAGUGGUUACUUCCAGUUAUAUCUCCUUCUGAAGGACUCGUCUAUAAACCUUACCCUCAGCCUCCUCCUCCUCCUCCUCCUCAGCCUCCUCCCGGCUUCCUUGCGAAUCUUUACAGCGAAUGCGAUCCUACACGCGCUCCUACAACACCAACUGAGGACCUUCUGAAAUCGCCCAAUGGUUUUGAUUCAACACACUUCGCACCGUAUGGAAUGCCGCCCAUCACGAGCUCAUUUGGUUCAGGGACACCCAUUAAGCAGAUGACGGGGUUGGCGAGCUUUAAUAAUUUUGGGAUCAUAUACCCAAGCUCGUGUGUAAAUACUGGCAACAGAAAUGCGGGCGAAGCUAAAGAGAGCGAAAAUAUGGACAACAUGAUCAUAACUUGUCCUAACAAGAUUAGAACUUCUUGUGAUGCUCUUCCAUUAUUUCCUACUGCUCCUACGAGUUUCGAGUUUGGACAACCUGUACAGAGUUGUAACAAUGAGCAGAAGACUCGGGUGAUUAAGGUUAUACCGCGUAAUCCUAGAUUAGCGAAAAUUGUCCUUGAUGAAUCUACCACAGGUUAUGAUACUAAGAAAGUUAAGGACAAUCGUACUGUUAGAGGAAUCAUGUUGCAUUACAUGGAUAACUCUUUGUUUGAUAUUUACUAUAAAUGCAAUAGUGUUAAAGAAAUAUGGUAUGCUCUUGAUGCCAAGUAUGGUUCUGAUGAUGCUGGUACUAAGAAGUAG